AUGUCACCGUUGAAAUUGCUAUAUUGCCACAACUCAAUUCAAGCUUCCGAGCUAGCCGCUCCUGACUUGAUGGAAAAGGUACCGGCUGAGAUCUACGAUGAAUAUCUUACCUUGAUUUUUCAUGCGAGUUCUGCCCCACGUUUGUUGAUCAUGAUUCUUAGAUCGGAUUUCCAACCGGGCCCUCCUGGUGAUGCUGAGCCUUCUGCGAUUGACUGGGUACUUUUAGCAGAUGACGGUGUUGAGCCUGAUGCUGUCAAAGCCUUGGCUCAAAGUCCUGAGAACACCUAUGUAGAAAGUGGCCAAGAUCAAUCCCACUGGGGCAUGACUGUCCUUAAGAUUUUAGGAUGA